CCAAGGCCUUGCCAGUUGGGAGGGUCCUUGUCACGGCUCUGAUCGGCUUCGAUGUCAAAGAAGCGCUCACCGAUCUGGCAAUUAUGUAUUGACUGUCACCGUCUGGCAGCAUCUUGAAGAACGCCUGCGUUUCCUCGUUUCUCCUGAACGUCUUUAAGCCGGUCUAGGAUCAUCCCUGGAAGAUAUGGAGGACGAUCUGCCGACCGAAUACGACGUGGUCGUCGUAGGGACAGGAAUGACAGAGUCCAUCGUGGCUGCUGCAGCUAGUAGGAUCGGCAAGAAGGUCCUGCAUUUGGAUAGCAAUGAGUACUACGGUGGAUUAUGGGCUACUUUCAAUUUCGAUGGUUUGCAAAAGUGGAUAGAGGAUUUGAAGAACGCGAAAACCUGCAGCAAGGAUGUCGUUCCAGAGUUAGCGGAAGGAGAGACCUUCCUGAGAGCUAGUAAUCAAUACUCUACUGUUGAAAAUAUUGAGGAGGAUUGGUACAUUUGCAAUGAUGUAGACCUACCAGAGUUAACUUCGAAGGAUACACAGACCGAUGGUUCUGGAGAUGUUGCUGGAGGGGAGAACGGUGAAAAGAGUGAUAAAGACAAAGCAGAGAAAAAAGAGCAGGUCAAACUGUGGAGCAUCGAUCGGAUUAAAAAAGAGUAUAGAAGAUUUAACAUCGACCUGGCACCAAAAUUGCUGUUCGCCCGAGGCGAAUUGGUGGAGCUUUUGAUCUCGAGCAACAUUGCCCGUUAUGCGGAAUUCCGUGCUGUUUCUAGAGUGGCCACAUUUAUGGACGGAAAGCUCACUCAGGUCCCUUGUUCUCGGGCUGAUGUGUUCGCCAAUAAGACUGUCAGUGUUGUCGAGAAGAGAAUGUUAAUGCAGCUAUUGACUUCGUGUAUGGAACAAGGAGCCGACAGUCCGGAAUUCGACGGUUUCCGAGACAAGACCUUCCUCGAAUAUCUCGACACUAAGAAUCUUACUCCGAUAGUGAAGCAUUACGUGAUGCAGGCCAUUGCAAUGGCGACGGAUAAGACCUCCUGCAGGGACGGCGUGAAUCGCACGAAACAUUUCCUAAACAGCCUGGGUCGGUAUGGGAACACUUCCUUUUUAUGGCCAAUGUAUGGGAGCGGAGAGCUGCCCCAGUGUUUCUGCAGACUGUGUGCCGUGUUCGGUGGAGUUUACUGCCUGAAGAGACAACUCGACGGAGUGGUAGUUGGCGAUGCCAAGUGCAAGGCUAUCGUAACAGGGAAACAGAGGCUGAGCCUGGAGCAUCUCGUUGUGGGCCAGGGUCACCUGCCACCGGAGAUCGUUGCUUCCGUAGGGGAACAACAGAUCUCUCGGGGUAUUUUUGUGACGGACAGAUCUCUAAUGCAAGGAGAGAAAGAGAAUCUGACCCUUUUGUAUUACCCACCAGAGGAGCCUGAACAAGAACCGGUGACUCUGAUCGAACUGGGACCAUCGACCAAUGCAUGUCCGCAGGGGCUCUUUAUGGUACACAUGACAUGCAAGCGGACCAAAACUGCCAAGGAAGACCUGGCCUAUGUGGUAGAUAAGUUUCUCCGGGCUGAGAUGCUCGAGCCAAAGGACAGUCGAAACUCUACGGACUCUCAUACGCAGACCACCUCUCCGGAGAGGAGGCACCUCCAGGACGGUAAUCAAGAUCCAAAGGAUGAGUCUGUAGUCAGUCCAAAACCACAAGUACUCUGGUCUUUGUACUUAAACCUGCCAGCGAGUGACAUUAAGCUAAGUAGUUCUGCUCCGAACAACAUCCACCUCUGUUCUGGACCCGACCUUGAUCUCGACUUUGACUUCGCAGUCAACCAGGCUAAGAGCAUCUUCAAAGCGAUGUACCCUGAAGAAGACUUCCUGCCCCGAGCUCCAGACCCAGAAGAGAUCGUCUUGGAGGGUGACGAAACGCCUGGACCGAAAUUUGAGGGUGAUACUCCCGGCGAGGACGACGAGAAGCAGAACGUGGAAAAGACGGAGAAGGAAGAGUGAAGGGGAAGACCGAUGGCAUCGAGGAACGAUGACGGGAAAGUCUAGUGUCCUUAACCGUCGAUAUCACACCUCACAUUAUUUAAGGAGCGAGCUACCUGUCACAAUACCGAAGAGAACCCAACCAGGAGUAUGCUUCGCAUGACUUAUAAAUUCCGUAGAAUCUAGUAGAAACGAAAACCGAGCAUUAAGAACCACGUUUCUGACAAUGAUACGCCCCUUGUCGAUCGUCUCUCGGUCUCCCGUGCACCGAGGUACGUCAUCACACACAAACUAUCACUCUUCAUUUCUAAACCUGAAUUACACCUCUGCUCUAACCCUCGCUUAAAUUAAAUUUAAUUAUUCACUGUAAAUAAUUCAUAAGAGGCAAUUAUGCUGAAAUUCACGAGUAAAAUGAAGAAAGCAUAAAUGCUCCCUAUGAAUCCCUUAGGCACGCAGUAUUUACUUUGCCACACAAGGCACACGAAAUGAAUGCGUCUAAUGUGCGUAGAUAUACACAAAUACAUAAGUGAAUUAAA